CUGCUCACCCUGCUGCUGGUCAUAGAUCAUCUCGUAUUGAUUUUGUUGUAGACACCUAUUCAUCAGUUUCAACAAAGGCAUACGAGAGGGCUGCUCGCUCUACAGCUGGAACAAUACAUGUCAAGAUUUUCGAUUGUCAACAGUCUUGUCCAAGCAAUGGAAAAAUUUCUUUCAGCAGACGAAAACAAGUUAGAGCUUGUAGAUUUUUUGGUACAGAUGUGGGGCAGCAGUAGGUAUGCCGAACGGCUAUAUGGUGUGCUAUAUGGUGUGCAGCUAUUUGUUUGUCAUCGACAACUCUGCAGUCUUCUUACAUCAGAAGAUGCUUCCACAGUCCUUGUUUCUUCAGUACCAGCUCUUACUUCAGAUCAUGAAGAGGCCGACAGUCGCAUUUUCUUACAUGCCAAGCAUGCAUCAAAUGGUGGCUUUGCCUGUGUUGUCAUAUCCUCUCCUGACACCGACGUAGCAGUGAUAGGAAUCCAUCAUGCCAAUGCCAUCAACGCAUCAUUGCUAUGGCUCACUGGCACAAAGGUACAACGCUGUUGCAUUAAUCUCACGGAAAUCGCUGUCAAUUUAGGCGAAGACAUGUCUGCUGUGCUCCCUGGCAUACACGCUUUUUCUGGCUGCGACACGACGAGUGCCUUUGUUGGAAAAGGCAAAACAAAGAUCUUUCGCUUAGCUUCUCAAAGCGACUGUUUACGUCUUGCGAUGACCAGAUUAGGAUGCAGCUUGACUCCGACUGAAGAAUUGUUUACUGAAUGUGAGAAGUUUGUAUGCCAUCUUUACGGUUUGCCAACUUGUAUCAGUGUCAACGAGGUUCGGUACAAGUUAUUUCGCACGAAGUGCUUAAAAGCGCAGCAGAUGCCACCAACUCAAGAUGCUCUUCGGCAGCAUGUAUUAUGGGUUAAUUAUCAAAGUUUUGUAUGAAAAAAUGCUUUGUGCUCUAUGCAGAAUCUGCCUAGUCUGCACGGUCACGGAUGGAUUGUUGAAACUGAUGAAAACAGUUCUCACAUACAUGUCUGCUGGAUGACACAGCUUCCUGCCCCGAAAGCGCUGUUGGAGCUGAAAUUGCAAGAAUUCGAGCAAGCAAAUAGACCUUCCUAGUCCAGUACUAUUGGAAGAAGAAACUCCAGAAUCAGACAUUCAGACUGAUGAUAGCGAUAAUCAUGACUGUAGUGAUAGCGAAUAAGUGAUCAAGUGUAUGAUUGCAAGCACGCGCGAAUUAAUUCAAUUAUUUUAGUCUAGUAGAUCAAGUUAUUUCUAGAAGCAAAUUGAUGCAAUAAAAAUUCUAAACAGAUUAAAUUGCAAUACAAAAAUAUAAACAUAAUGUUGUACUCGCAAAAA